AUGGAGGCCACCUCGACUCUGCGCAGCAAAAAGACAAAAUGGUGGACGGAACUCCCAGAAGGCUUUGCAUAUCCUAUUCCUCCUUCAUUGGGUCCAAUUUUUGCAGCAAGGGGACAGGUCAUUUUAGGUUAUCUGGCAAACAGAUUUGGAAGUCGAUUUGAACGAACACAAAAUUAUUGCAGGGAGUUAUUGGCUCUAUAUCUACACUGAAUGAUUAUCUAAAUACAGAAUUCAAUGAUGUAGUUAGCCUGUGCGAGAGCUGCAGAAACAAUGCCAUCCCAGGGUCCCCACGGGAAAAGCUUUAACUUGUUGCAAUUCUCUCCUUGCAUGUGAAAAGUCUUUCCUUACAAUUAAAAAAGGAGUUUGCUAUUUGUAGAUUGGGUUGAAUGCAACAUCCAACAGAAAUAAAACUGAAACUUAAUUUGCUUUGCAGUUUUUAGGAAACAUAAUAUAAUAAUUAAUUAUUAAUUAAGCCAGACUUUUAAAGAAGUCUUUAAGACAAAAAAAUUGGCCCUGUCACAUUUUAUAAGCGUAGAAAGAAAGACAAUAAUUUUUUGAAUUUCCAGUUAGAUCAGAUUAGUCAGAUUAGUACUGUCAUGCUAUAUUUUUGGAAUAAGAGGGAUGGGCGUGAGUUAAUGUCCAAUCCCAAUCGUUUCUUGCUUCAAAAGACUACAUGUGUCUCUAGGUUAGGAGUAGCUAUGCACUAAAGCUGGUGAAAAGUGCAAUUUUUUUAUAAACAUCUGUACUUCCUAAAUUAAUAAUAAACCACUACAUCACAUUUAAACUGACCCUGUCACGUUUUAUUUGCAUAGAAUGACAAUAAGCUGUCAUGCUAUCGAUUUUGGGGGACAGAGGGAUUAGGGGGAGGGGGGUGCAUUGUGGAAAUGUCCAAGUUACAAAUAAUGCCAAGUGUUUCUUACUUCAAAAGGCUAACUUGCCUAUUUGUAUUUAUAAUGGUAGAAGUUACUAUAGAGCCCCAGCUAAAAAAUGCGCAGUCGGCAGCCCAAUGAACCCCCGCUAUGGGGAUCUUGUUUGACUUAUAUUAUGUCUGAAAUACAACGUUAAUUGACAGUAUAUGCCAUUAUUUUAUUUUUACAGGAGUGUUUACAGCAGCAUUUGACUGUCAAAUUGAGUGGUUAAUUGUGAAAGGAAUAGCUGAUUAUGCAGGUGGGUCUCAGUUGGCUUCAGAGAGUUGGUAUUCCUGUGCCAGUGUGAUGGCAGCAUCUCUUGUUGCACACAUUUUGAGUGAGCCCUGUGUUUUUCAUUCAUGGCCACAUUAUCAAGGUCAGUAA